AGAGAGAGUUAAGGCGUACCGAUCCUCCUCCCCCGUUUUCUGCAUUCGUAGCGGAACAAUCCAUCCAACAUCUCAAAGCAUACGGCCAGUUAUUUUAUUUUCCCUCUACGCGCACAUCCUCUCACCAUCGCAUUCCCGAAGCGAAAAUGGAGGCACUCAAGAAGACCGCCCUUCACGGCUUUCACAUCUCACAAAAGGCGAAGACGGUGGACUUUGCUGGCUUUCACAUGCCCAUGGCGUACGCCAAGCUGGGCACGAUCAAGGAGCACCAUUACAGCCGCAAGGUGGUCAGCAUGAUGGACGUCUCGCACGUCGGCCAAUUUGAAAUCCGCGGCGCCGAUCGUGAACGCUUUAUGGAGCACAUCACACCGGUGGACUUCCAGAAGGCACGGCAUGGCCAGGCUUCCCUCUCGAUGAUGAUGAACGAGAGGGCUGGCAUCAAGGACGACUGCAUGCUGACCAAGAUGGACGACCACCUCGUCAUGGUGCUCAACGGUGGCUGCAAGGACAAGGACGUGGCACACAUCGAGGACGUUCUGCAGAACUCGCCGCAGACGCGCGGCGCGGAUGUGCAGUUUAUUCCCCUGGAGCGCUCGUUGAUUGCGGUCCAGGGCCCAAAGGCAGCGACCAUCCUCUCCGAGUUUGUGGACGGCAUUCCUGACAUGGACUUCAUGUCCUGUCGCCAGAAGGUGAACGUCAAAGGGAUGGAGGUGCAGUUGUCGCGCUGCGGGUACACCGGCGAGGACGGCUUCGAGAUAGCCGUGUCCAACGAGGAUGUCGUGCCGCUGGUGGAGCUGCUGCAGUCGCGCCACGUCGAACUGAUCGGUCUCGGCGCCCGCGAUACGUUGCGAAUGGAGACCGGCCUCAAUCUCUACGGCAAUGAGCUGUCCGAGGAGACGAAUCCUGUGGCCUUACGCCUGAUGUGGUGGAUCUCGAAGCGGCGCAUGGAGGAGGGCGGCUUCAUCGGUCACGCGGCGCUGAAGCACCUGAGGGCCAACGCCACCAAAGGCGCCGUGCCGCAGCUGCGCGUCGGCCUCGUCUCUACCGGCCCUGUCCCGCGCCGCGACACCGUGAUUGAGGUGGAUGGGAAGGAGGUAGGCUAUGUCACGAGCGGCGUGCCGUCGCCCACAUUGAAGAAGAACGUUGCGCUCGGCUUCAUUGACCGUGCGUUUGCGGACGUCGGCACCAAAGUGGAUUUUGUCGUGCGGGGCCGCCGGGUGCCGGCCGAGGUCGCGAAGCCGCCUUUCCUCCUCCCGAAGUACUACCGCAAGCCGCAGUAG